CCUCUUUAUAGGCUCUCUCAAAGCAUUUGCACUGUCUCUCACUCUUUUCUCUUCAUUUCUCUCUCUCCUAUUCUGAUUGAAAACUUUGAUACUUUUUCCAUUUCAGAUCAGAUUCCAAAACAAGAUCUUUCAGAGCUUUCUCUAAUUCCACUGAAUAUCAGUUUCAAAACAUAGCACCAGAUUUAGCAAUCGUGGAUAAUUCGGUAUUUCAAGGAGGAGAACAGUAUGCCUUGGUUGAGUUUAUCGGUUGAUGUGUUCCGCAAAGUUGUGCGCCUAAACUUAUAUUGCAGGGUUAUUCUGUAAAUUAUUACUUAAGCGAGUCCUAAUUUUUCUUUCUCUUGGCCUAUUAUUCUUAACUCAAAUUUCCAUGGGAUCCAAUCGAUUUUUCAUCGUUUCUUGUGACAUGCAUAGGAUUAGUUGAAAAGAUAGAAACAAAACCUAGCUUGAACCCAAAGCUCUUCUUAUUGGUCUCUCGUCUUGUUUUUUUGUGACAAGCUCUUCGUAGAACUCAAGUACUCAAACAGAAUCCCGUUCUUGUUUAAUCUCAUUUUGUUUGUCAAUCUAGUCUGCUUUUUUGCUUAAUAUCUACCUUUCCCGAGUUCUUGCUCUCUGUUCUUCGGUAUUUGUUUCGUGUCUCUAUAGUCGUCAGAUAAAUCAAGUUUUUUAGUCAAGGGUUGAAAGAAGUUAUGGUGUGCCAAGCAGCGAGCCAAACUAGAUUUCGGGCAUUAAAACAUGAGAGUGGAAUUGCAGGAAAACCUACAAUUAUAGUGAGAGUGAUUGCAUGCUUUCAACCAUUACAGGAUUGCCAGGCUGAGUAUUUCCGUCAUUUGCUUAAACCUGUAACGUAGAUUGAUUCUGAAUUUUCGUUAUCAAAUUCAGCUGGAAUUCGUAGAUUUUCAUUUUCUAUUCUGUGUUCCUAAAAGAAGCAGCAAGCAUUUUAAUAUUCCAGAUUAAAGCUCCAAUCCUUCUCCUGGUGAUUACUUACCUGGAUGGUUAAGGCCAGUGAGCCUCGGCUUUAUCCACAGCAUCUUGCUGGGCAAGCAUCUGAACUGAAUUUCAUGAGCACGACACUACAGCCAAGGCAACAGGAAAGUUUGCCAGCAUGUGUAAAUCCUGGCAUUUGUGUGUCCUCUGCCCGUGUGGCAUUGCCUGGGGUUGUGGUUCCUGGUAUACCAGACUUGAAGACAGGACAAACAAAUGAAGCUCAUGGAUUGCUUCAAAGUUUGCCACUUCACUUGCAGAGCUUGCUUCCUACUCCUAACCCAUAUCAUAAAGAAAAACAAUCUGUGUUAUGUUAUGGGCUUGAUGGGAAGGCUGUGCCAAAUGCAAACGCUGGGUCUUCUCCAACGAGAUUCCUUAUUUUUGAUCAGUGUGGAAAUCAAACAAGACUAAUUUAUAAUUCUGGUUUUCCCCCUGUUCAGAAUCCAACUACUGCCACUACACCAAUUUGUUGUUUUAAUGUGGAUGAGAAAGAGCAAGUGGAUGGAAGGGGUCGAAUUGAUCCAAGCAAGUACUUUUUGCAUGAAGAGUCGGGUGAGAAUAAGAUGACUCGUGAUGAAAGUGAGUUCCAUGAGGAUACAGAAGAAAUUAAUGCCUUGCUUUAUUCUGAUGACGAUUGUGAUGACGAGGAUGAUAGUGAAGAUGAUGAAGUAGCAAGUACAGGCCAUUCUCCGAGUUAUGAGAAACAUGAAUAUGAUGAAUUCAUAACAGAGGAAGAUGCUGGUUUGGAAGGCCCAAUCAAAAGGCAGAAAUUGCUCAAUGGUGGAUACAAACAGUCAUCGCCUGUUGACACUGCUAGCUCAGUAAAUCUGGACAGAUCUCUCGAGUAUGAUAGUGAUGCGGAAUCAGGCUAUGCCAUUGGCCAGAACCAAGGUGAGGAAGCAGGAUCUAUUUUGGGUAAAAUGUGUUUUAAAAGGGAUAGGGUCCGUCAGACAUUGAGAAUUCUUGAGAGCAUAAUUCCUGGUGCAGAGGGAAAGGACCCAUUGCUGGUUAUUGAUGAAGCUAUAGAUUACCUGAAGAUUUUGAAGCUCAAAGCCAAAUCUCUAGGGGUGAGCCAUCAAUAGGUUGCACCAUCUUGUAACAUGUUCGAUAAAGAGUUGAAAGAGGGUUGAAAAAGGUGGUUACCUUAGGUUUCUUGGCUUGAAUAAUUGAUGAGUUUGAAAUAAGUAUAGUGGGCUUUGGUAUUGUGGGGUCCUUCUUCAUCUUUUCCAGAAUAGCUGUUGAAUAUAAUGGGCCAAUAAAGGAAACUUGUAAUGGUAUGGGAAUGCACUUUGGUUUGCUGGGAUGAAGAAAAAUGAGGCUUUUCUUUGGUUGACCAGAAAUAAUUAUCUUUUAGCUUUUGGGGCAUUAAAGAUUAAAGAAAGUCACAAAGAUUUGAACGCAUGGGGGAUGUAGUGGUGGGCUGUGCUGUAAAUGAGGACCCUUUUUUCCUAAUUGUUGAGAACCUCCCAUGGAUUAAGAGCAUGCGCGUUUGGUAAUUAAAGGGUCCCACUUUGAAUCCAUCUUUUCUUCUUGAUUUUAUGCAUUUGUCCUCUCCCUUUACCUCUCACGCAUGAUGUUGGUAUAAAAAUUCCAAAAGCAUGAAGAAAGUUGCUGGGUGUGGAUGAGUGCUUGGAGAGUGUUCCAUCAUGUAUAUUUGGGGCCCUUCCUCAAUCAAAUCAUGUACUAAAAGGUUACCUUGUUUUACAUGAGGGGAGGUGAAAGUCAUUGUGGUGUACAUCACAGUUGUAGCUUGAGUCCAUUACACGAGUUUUGUCUUUGUGAGGACUUCUUUGAGUGGAUUUGGAUUGUUUUCUGUUGAUGCUAUUAUGGGUUUGUCAGUUGUGUGUUUUGAGUGUGAAAAUAAUUGGAGUGUGAAUGUUGCAGUGAUGGUGGUGGGAAAUGGGGAUGGAGUUAUCUUGGUAUGGAUGGCAAGCACGGACUUUAUUUUGUUACAUGUUUUGUUGUGCCCAUUUUCCUAUGUACGUGCCCUCGUAUGUAACUUCUGUAAACUUCAAAAAAACUUAUGGUGUUAUGUACCUCUUGAAUGGAAGAGUCA